UCGCCGAAACGCCAAGUCGGUCUUUGUGUAUGCACAACUCAUGUCCUCCUCUUAUCGAAUUAAACCGCCAUUCAUAACCGCACCAAAACAUAGUAAUACUGAAAAUCUUGCAUAAUUGCAAAUUGGAUCUCCAAAAUGGCUUCUUUCAAUCGCUCCUUUCUUCCCAUCGUGUUCAUUUCUUUCAUGGUUACCUUCCUCAACCUGACCACUCAUGUAGCUGCCCAAAAUUACCUCAAGCACGUCUGUGGAAACACCACCGUCGCGCAAAAUAGCAUCUACAGUUCCAACAUCAACUCCCUCCUCUCCUCCCUCUCCUCCAACGCCACCGGAAACAUCGCAUUCUACAACACCACCGUCGGCCAAACCACUUCCAACGCCGUUUACGGUCUCUUCAACUGCCGUGGAGAUGUCACUGCUGACAUGUGCCGAAGAUGCGUGCUCAACGCAACCCAAAAGCUCUCCAGCACGUGUUCAACGGAGAAAGUUGCUCUUACUUGGUACGACGAGUGCAUGGUGCGCUACUCCAACGAGUCUAUCUUCUCCACCGUGGCCCUAAUCCCUAAACUGAACAUGUGGAACACACAGAACAUGACCGACCAGGACCGGUUUAACCGGCUAGUGAACACCACUCUGACCCAACUGGCAACUGAGGCUUCCAACUUUCCGAUCGGCGUUAAGAAGUUUGGGGUGAAGGAAGAGAAGUUUUCCGAGUUUCAAAAUCUGUACACCCUCGUACAGUGCACACGUGACCUGUCCGGCACCGACUGCAAUAGUUGUCUUCAGGCUGCUAUUAACCGUCUUGCUAUUUGUUGUAGUGGAAGCCAAGGGGCAAGAACUCUGUAUCCUAGUUGUAAUGUUGGGUACGAAUUGUACCUCUUCUACGAUGUACCCACAGCGCCCACGCCUGCACCAGGGCUUGCACCUCCACCUCCAGCCUCCGUAACUGGAUCAAAAGGUAAUAGCAAAAUCUCAGCAGCAAGGAUAGUCGCCAUUGCUGUUCCAAUUGCUGCCUCUGUGGUGUUAUUCAUUUUGGGCUACUUUUUCAUAAUUAGGAGAAAGAAGUACAAAGCUGUGAAAGGAGAAAAUGAUGCAAUUAAUGAUAUGACAACCGUGGAGUCCUUGCAAUUUGAUUUUGCUACAAUUGAGGCUGCCACAAACAAAUUCUCACAUGAUAACAAGCUAGGUGAAGGUGGAUUUGGUGUAGUUUACAAGGGUAUACUUCCUAACAGACAAGAAAUUGCUGUAAAAAGGCUAUCAAAACACUCUGGACAAGGAGCAGAACAAUUUAAGAAUGAAGUUGUUUUAGUAGCCAAACUUCAACACAGAAAUUUAACAAGGCUAUUGGGAUUUUGCUUGGAAGGAGAAGAAAAGAUACUCAUCUAUGAAUUUGUGCCCAACAAAAGUCUUGACUAUUUUCUAUAUGACCCAAAAAAGCAAGAAGAAUUGGAUUGGUCAACACGUUACAAGAUAAUAGGCGGAAUUGCUCGAGGAAUUCAAUAUCUUCACGAAGAUUCUCGGUUAAGAAUUAUACAUCGUGAUCUUAAAGCCAGCAAUGUGUUGCUAGAUGUAGAUAUGAACCCAAAAAUUUCAGAUUUUGGCAUGGCAAGGAUUUUUGGAGUUGAUCAAACACAAGGAAAUACAAGUAGAGUUGUGGGGACUUACGGUUACAUGUCUCCAGAGUACGCAAUGCGAGGAGAAUUUUCAGUGAAGUCAGAUGUGUAUAGUUUUGGUGUGUUAAUUCUAGAGAUUAUCAGUGGCAAGAAAAACAGUAAUUUUUAUGAAUCAGAUGGUGCUGAAGACCUCUUGAGCUAUGCUUGGAUACAUUGGAGGGAUAGUAGGCCGUUGGAAUUGUUAGAUCAAAGUUUGAGAGACUCUUACUCUCGAGAUGAAGUCCUCAAAUGCAUCCAUAUUGGCUUAUUAUGUGUUCAGGAAGAUCCAGCUGACAGACCCGCCAUGGCUUCGAUACUUCUCACGCUCAACAGCGGCUCGGUUACACUACCAUCACCGCAAGAGCCAGCAUUUUUCCUGCGCAGUAAAACGGACAUGCCCAUAAAGGAUCUGGAAUCUGAUCAAUCUACAACCAAGUCAAUGCCAUCGUCUGUUAAUGAAGUGUCCAUUACUGAACUACACCCACGAUAGCCCACUUAAGCAUCUACCUACCAACCCAGACAUCCAGAGCACGAAACUCAAGACAAUAUGUAUUUUACAAUAAUGUUGUUGAUUAAUGCUCAUACUACUUGAUGUUCCAAUAUAUAGGCUGAAGAGGAGUAAAGCACAAAUGUUGAU